AUGUCUGCCGCAGGUUGUGGCCUCACUGACGAGGAGAUGAACGACUUGCUCUCUGGUGCUGACACCCAGGGUCCAGACGGCACCGAUGACCAACCAGCCGAAGAAGCUGGGCCGGGACCCGAGGCACUGGAGCGAGCCCAGCGGGGCAGCAUAGCGGAUGCCGUGGCCGCCGGGACUCACGCGGACGACGACCCCCUUGAUUCGGACGUCACCGAUGAUGGCAUCGUGGAAAUCAGCGACGACGACGAGCAGGAGGAGGACGACGACAUGAGCCAUGAUGAUGAGUCCGACCUCGUUGGAGUCCUCCGCGAACAGAUUGCACAACUGAGAACAGAGGUGCUACGACUUGGGGAUGAGAACGAGGGUCUCACCAACGACAAGGACCAGUUACGUGAGAGAAUCACGCAGCUUGAGGGGAUGAUCGAGACACUUCAGGCCAACAACAACGACUUGAGGCGUCAAUUGAACCGGUCGAGGAAUCCUAGGCAGCGUACCCAGAGGACUUGGCCCGCCAUGUUGCGCGCGUUCCUAGCUGGCGAUCCGAUGGCGGAGGAGUACCAUGUGAUCUACAAGCGCAUCGAAGAGCUGGCGGCCGAACUGCUCACGCCGGACGGCGAUGCUCCUGGAGAGAACAACGAGACGGGCGACAAUCCUGUUGGUCAUCAUGCGGCUCGCAACGUGGUUGACCAAGUUGUCACGCAGGCUACGCACGCGCCUCAUCACGUGGACGAAGAGCUCUUUGUCGUAGAAACACAAGGCCAUCAAAAGGAACGUCCUCGUCGCUCCUUCAAUGCCAUGCCGCCGGAGAUUCAGGCUGCCAUCGUCAGGCUGGUGCUGGAAUAUCCAGGCCGCCUCGUUCAUUGCAUUUCACGACUGGACCCCCAUUGUGAACCUCGGGGCCCCCUCCGUCACACCCCAGGGCGGGGCUCGAGCAACCUGCCCAAGCGGUUCUGGACUGGACGCGGUGGAACGUGCAGCAUCGAGUACGCUACAAAGCCGAACGACAUGCUCUCCAUGCUGCUGGUGUCCAAGUCGGUGCACUUCCUCGGCGUCCACGCCUUUUACGGACUCAACACGUUUGCCUUUUCCAGCCUCGGGGAGUUUGGACGGUUUUGCAGAGGCAUUGGAAGCGCGCGGGCGCAGCGGAUCCAACACAUCGAGAUCCUGUGGCAGGGCAACCAGACGCUCACGUUCAGGCCCAACAGCAGAGGCCAGUGGACGUCGCGGCGGACGUACGAUGCGUCGGCGCUGCUGAACAUGCGUCGCCUCAAGACGGUCGUGAUCCACAUUGACGAGUCGAGCCGGGGACGCCGGCGUCGCCCCCACGAGCUGCCCGAGGUCCGCACGUGGCUCGCCGACAAGACCAAGCUCCAGCCCAACAAUGCCAGCUUCCGCGCGCUGCGCACCCUCCAGGGGCAAGACUACAUUUACGGGCUGCGCGGCAUCCGGCACAUUCUCUUCUACGACAUUGAAAAGUACCGCACCAUGGGCGGUCGACAUCCCAUCAGGGACUAG